AUCCAUCCAUUCCCCACUUCUCGUACCUAAAUUCGACGUACAAGUACAAUUCGUACUUAUUUUUUAUAUUAAACAGUAUACACUACAGCCUAUUUAGUAUCUGGUUGAUAUUUUUUGUUUUUUGUAUUUUAUAAUAAUUGAGUGUACAUCGUAUCCAUAUAUGAAAAUAUUUGGUUACUUCUUAGAAGGUGAAUGAUCGGUGCUAAGUGUACAAACUAAAACAGUUAAUAAAUAAACAGUAACGGGGCUCCGUUACUUACUCUCAAAGCAUCAUGCCUCAUGAUUUGAAAGGUCUGGGCGUAAGGAAAGCAAUAAUGGCUCCCCUGUCUCCCACACCCUGUGCUGAGAUCAGUGACGAUGAGCUGGUCUCCAUCUCAGUGCGUGAUCUUAAUAGACAACUCAAAAUGAGAGGCUUAACACGAGACCAAAUAGUCAGGAUGAAACAACGUCGGCGUACGCUUAAAAACCGAGGAUACGCUGCCUCGUGUCGCAUCAAACGAAUAGAGCAGAAAGACGAACUUGAAACUGAGAAAAGUCAGGAAUGGCACGAUAUGGAAACGAUGCAAGAGGAAAACACAAGGAUCCGUGAAGAGAUUGAAGCCCUUAGGAGCAAAUACGACGCCCUGAAGCGCUUCGCACAUAUGAAGAGCAUUCCGUUGCCAGCUGAACUUGAUAUGUUACCUUGAUUUAAUAUAGAUAUAUAACCCCUUACUCAUAUAUGAUGUAUAGCAUUUGUGUACGCAGCUCUGUCUUCAAAAUUGAAACAUUAUUCACUAGUGUCCUGGCUUCAGGUAGAAUAAACUACAUGAAAUGUUUAUUUCGUAAUAGAUGUAACUAUUGGUCUACGCGGCGCAUGCCAGUCAAUAUCCUGAAUAAUAUAGUCGGUAUGAUUUUCCACGACGCUUUCAACAAUUGUUGUCAUUUUUUCGAUAAUUUAAGCAAGACCUUAAUUAAUUAUGUAUAGAAAGACGCGAGGAAACCUGCACGUGUCUAAUUUCAAUGGAAUUCAGCCACAUGUGUCUCCACCAGCAUUGGAGCAGCGUGGUGGAAUGAGCUCCAAAUUUUCUAGGGAGAAAUCUUUAAAGGAGAGGCCUUAGCCCAGACGUGGGACAUUUACAAACUGUUACUUAACUUAAUGGAUAUACCUAAACCUUUCUUGUGAAUCACUCAGUCCAUUUGAAAAUGUAUUGGGUAGUUUUUGAGUUAAUCGCGUUCAACGGAAAAACAAGUGCGGCGGGACUUUGUUUUAUAAGGUGGUGUAUAGCCGAUCUAUACGUAAUGCUCCCUUUCUUUCUUAUUUUCGUUCCAUUACCUCAAGAGAGAAAGAGAUCGCUGUCUUUGGGAUAAGUCCGCCUCUUAAGCCUUCCCUGUCCGGUUUCAUCUGAUUGCAAUUUUGUAUCACGUAUUGUAUUAAAUUUAAUUGAAUGUAAAGCAAAGCCUAAUCGCUAUUUAGAUACCGAGAAGAAUCAACAACAAACUCAAUUAUUACAGUCUCGAAGGACUUAAAAUAUGUUCUCUAUGGCUAUUAACGAGUACGAACUCCACUAACUCUGAAAAAUAAGAUUCCAAUGUAUUAAUAAUUAAAGGUAUCGUCCAUUAAUUACCUCAUCUAAUCUCACGUGAGCGUAUUUUUAAUGAAAUAAGGAUUAGACUUAGUUCAAAAAGAAUUUUCGUGAAAAUAAAAUUACGUGAUAUUUGCCGAGAGACUAGUUCUGUCACGUGAGCUGGGGCGAGGUCCUCCCCGCUGAACACGUCACGCAAAACAGAUGCCGAUAUGUUAAGUUAAAAAUAUCAGCGGAAUUUUAUAAUAUAAACCGAUACCCAGGAAAGAUUGCGAAGUCAUAUGUAUUUUCUCUAAUGACUGAUGCUAGAAAGAGAGGCUUUGUGUUGCACUGUUCACACACGCUAUACAACGUUUGUGAGUAAGGACGAUAUUGUAUAGUUAUAGGUUAAGGAUGGGUUGUAAGAAUUAAAUUAUAUUAAU